UCAAGCUCCUUCAGACCUUCCCCGCUGAGGGAGGGUUUCCCAGCUUGGUCUCUUAUCUAGAGAGAGAACAGAGCUUUGUGCUUUUUUUCCGUUAAACCUUCUGCAUGUGCUAAGCUAACCCACAGGGAACACUGCUGGAACCUGGGCUGGCAUGAAGGAAGUUUAAGACCAGGAGGAUGUGAGCACUGCCCACCUCACACCCAUGAGCUCCAGCAGCCCUGGCACAUCCCCUGUGCUGGGUGAGGUGCUCACAGUGGCCCAGUCCCCACACAGGCUGCAGGGAAUGCUCAGCUUGGCCCUGCUGCAGCCAGAGCAGCAAGGAGACAUGCUCAGGGCUCCUGUGCCAGGGGCCAGAGUUGAUGGUCCCUGUGCAGCCUCCCUGGAGUAACCAGAGGGUACCUGCCUGCCAGCCAGGGUGUUAUUGGCUGCUAAUGACAAAGGUGUCACACAGUGGAUGGAAAGAAAGAGAAGAGAUGGGGAAAAUAGCUCUGGAGAGGAAUGACAAUGUAAGGAACCACCUUCUCCAGAGAAGGCCCCUGUGGCUGGCUCCAUGUUGCUCACUCUGCUGCACACAUCCUCUUGCCUCUGAAAAAUAGGGAAAGGUAGUGUGUGCCUUGGAUGCUGGCUGGCACUGUGCCAAGCACAACUGGGUACAUGCAGGGGGCAGCUGAGACACACAGGAGGCUCCAGCAGCUUCCCAUGAGGGCUGUAAGGAUCUGCAAGGGCUCAGGGAGACAAACAGUGUAUGUCAACCAGCAUGUGGAGCUAAGGGUCGUCUUCAGCUCAGAACCUCCCUUUGGUGUCCAGCAGCCUUCUCAACACCAGUGCAGAAUGAUACCUGUCCAAGACAGAUGGACUGGGUUAUUUGUUGGGUAUUACCGUGAGAUUGGCAUGACCUGAGCCACAUACAGAGCCAGGAACAGAAGAGCUGGUACAACUGGAAACCUGCCUGUGGGGUUAGUGUCAAGCUGUGGUGCUCAAGCCUCCUCAGCCCAAUCCUGUGGCAAAAGAUGAGGUGGCUGAGAGCACAUGCAGAAGGGCUAGUGGUGCCCCAGAGCACCUUCCUGCAGCCUCCCACGGGAAACAGCACUUGUGGGGACAACUCUGGUGGGGUCUGGCUGCUCUCACAGACCUGCCUUCCCCUUGUGAGAACAGGCCUGGGACACUCUGCUGUUGCUAAUGGACCACACCACCGCCGCCAAGCCCAGCCCCCUGUCUGCAGCCCCUAGACACGCUGUCGGGGGUUUUGCAGCACAAACUUCCCUCCUGAUAGAGAGGGGCAGGAAGGAAGGUGUUUGUUGGUGAGUGCUGAAAGCUCAGCCCAGGGGCCCUGGAAAAGCACAGCUGAGAGAAGGAUCCCCAUGUGCUCUGCCUUCCCCUGACACCCUCUGCCAGGCAUGAGGCACCCUAUGCCCAGUCCCUCGGUGGGGAAACUGAGGCAUCAGCACACCCUGAGCAUUGUGGAGGCUGAACCGGGGGCCUCAGGGGCAAGUUCUGCCCCUGGCAGCGUGAGCAGUGGGAGCACAGCUCUGGGUCAUGGGGUGCAAAGGCUGCCAGGGGUGAGGGCCCCCCCGGAGCUGUGCUGCCCCAGAGCACAGCCAGGCUGAGGAGCCGGGCGCUGGCAGUGCAGCCGCCGUCUGGGCCGGGACCCCCAGGUGAAAGGUGUGGUGCAGAGCUCCCCCUUUGUGUGUGACUGUGAGUGGUGGUCUCCAGCAAUGACAGCAAAGCCAGAACCAGGUGUCACCUCAAUAUCUUCCCAGGAAAGCCAAUUACCCCGGGCGAUUAUGAUUAAUAACUCCCUAAGCCCUAAUCGCGCUGACACCGGCGCCCGCGGCUUUGCCCCAGGGGCGCUUCAUAAGGGGCGUCUGGCAGCGCUGAGCGCAGCCUCUGCUCCUGGGGGGACGGCAAGGGCUGGGAGGUGGCAGGAGCCCCGCUUCAGAGGCGAUCCCCCCGUGCACAAAACAGACCCCUUGGUGAGAGCCGGAGGCAGCUGACGAGCCGCCGCCAUGAACGGGACGGAAGGACAAGACUUCUACGUGCCCAUGUCCAACAAGACCGGGGUGGUGCGGAGCCCUUUCGAGUACCCCCAGUACUACCUGGCUGAGCCCUGGAAGUUCUCGGCGCUGGCUGCCUACAUGUUCAUGCUGAUCCUGCUCGGCUUCCCCGUCAACUUCCUCACGCUCUACGUCACCAUCCAGCACAAGAAGCUCCGGACGCCGCUGAACUACAUCCUCCUGAACCUGGCGGUCGCCGACCUCUUCAUGGUGUUUGGCGGCUUCACGACCACCAUGUACACGUCCAUGAACGGGUACUUUGUCUUUGGAGUAACGGGCUGCUACAUCGAGGGCUUCUUCGCCACACUGGGCGGUGAAAUUGCUCUCUGGUCACUGGUUGUCCUGGCUAUCGAGAGAUACGUGGUGGUCUGCAAGCCCAUGAGCAACUUCCGCUUUGGGGAGAGCCACGCCAUCAUGGGCGUCGCGUUCACCUGGCUGAUGGCGCUGGCCUGCGCCGCCCCGCCGCUCUUCGGCUGGUCCAGGUACAUCCCCGAGGGCAUGCAGUGCUCAUGUGGGAUCGACUACUACACUCUGAAGCCAGAGAUCAACAACGAGUCCUUUGUCAUCUACAUGUUUGUGGUUCAUUUCAUGAUCCCGCUGAUGGUCAUCUUCUUCUGCUAUGGGAACCUGGUGUGCACUGUCAAGGAGGCUGCUGCCCAGCAGCAGGAGUCUGCCACCACCCAGAAGGCAGAGAAGGAAGUGACCCGCAUGGUCAUCAUCAUGGUUGUCGCCUUCCUGAUCUGCUGGGUGCCCUACGCCAGCGUCGCUUUCUACAUCUUCACCAACCAGGGCUCAGACUUCGGGCCCAUCUUCAUGACCAUCCCGGCUUUCUUUGCCAAGAGCUCUGCCAUCUACAACCCCGUGAUUUACAUCGUUAUGAACAAACAGUUCCGUAACUGCAUGAUCACGACCCUCUGCUGUGGCAAAAACCCGCUGGGUGACGAGGACACAUCUGCUGGCAAGACAGAGACCUCCUCUGUGUCCACCAGCCAGGUCUCUCCCGCGUAGCCCCGUGGAGCUGCCGGCCCUGGGGUGCGUCGCUGCCCCGGGAGCACGGACGCCGUCCCGCCGCUGCCGCGGCCCUGCGGCACAGGCCCCUCUCUGCCGGCACUAGCACCCCUGGGAACAAGGCUGUAAAUGUGUACACAC